UUGCUGCCGACUUGUUCUUUUCCCUAUAUCAUGCCGGCUGUUGGGAGAAACACUAAGAUGCAGCAAUGGCUGAACUAUCGAGUCAGAGUCACUCUUCACGACGGCAGAAUUAUGAUCGGACAGUUCAUGGCUUUCGACAAGCACAUGAACUUGGUUUUAGCCGACACUGAGGAAUUCCGAAAAGUCCGAUCUAAGGGGGAGUCUGGUCUCGGUGAGGAGAGGGAGGUGAAGCGGAUGCUCGGGCUGCUGAUUCUACGUGGGGAAAAUAUUAUAUCGAUGACUGCGGAGGCGCCGCCGCCAAAUGUGAAGAAGAGUGAGGGACCUUUGGCUGGGCCUGGUCGUGGACAUGCAGCUGGUCGCGGUGUACCAAUCGCGCCCUUGGGUCAGGCUCCUCAAGGCCUUACUGGACCGAUACGUGGUGUAGGUGGCCCUGCUCCUGCCCAAAUGGCCCCUGGUGCCCCUCCAGGAAUGCCACCAAUGCCUGGCUUCCCAGGGAUGCCUCCACCCCCUCCUGGAAUGAUGCAGGGCAUGCCCGGGCAUCAUUGAGCAGUAACGUGAGUCGACUUGAAAAGUAUCUUUGAUGAUCUGGAAAGUAGAUAAACUCGAAGGAGUCUCUGA